AACAAGAACUAGAACGCCAAACAAAAAUCUCUCUCUCUCUCUCUCUCUCUCUCUCUCGUGAAUGUAUUGUAUUUGUAUACCUCCUGAAGUUUAACACACACAGAAUAAGAGGAUAUGGCUUUUAUUCUCUCAAAUCUCUCCCCAACUCUUCUUCAAUCUGUGGACAAACCCCUUAUUGUUAACCACGCGUCUCUCUCCUCUUCUCCUCCUCUUCCUCUUCCUCUUCCACCAACAAAUACAAUUGCAAAAACCUCCUUCUCCUCCUCCACUCUCUCUCCUCCUCCAGUUCGGGUUGCGCAGCUUAACCAAGCCCCAGGAGCUCCGAAUAAGCAGCACAGGAACGACUUCUACGUCAACCUUGGCCUGGCCGUCCGGACGCUCCGCGAAGACCUACCCUUACUCUUCACCAAAGACCUCAAUUACGACAUUUACCGGGAUGAUAUAACAUUUGUAGACCCACUCAACACGUUCACUGGAAUUGAAAACUACAAAUUGAUCUUCUGGGCAUUGAGAUUUCACGGUAGAAUUCUGUUUCGCGAGAUUUCGCUGGAGGUGCUUAGGGUUUGGCAGCCUUCUGAGAAUGUAAUUUUGAUCAGAUGGAACUUAAGGGGUGUCCCAAGGGUUCCUUGGGAAGCCAAUGGUCAGUUUCAGGGGACGUCGCGAUAUAAGUUGGAUCGAAAUGGGAAAAUUUACCAACACAAAGUCGAUAAUUUGGCAUUCAAUUUCCCCCAGUCAUUGAAACCGGCAGCUUCCGUGUUGGAUUUGGUUGCUGCGUGUCCGGCGAGUCCAAACCCUACAUUUUUGUGGGGUCCUAGCCCCUCGGAUAUGUAUUCCUCUUCGUGGGUCGAAUUUUAUCGGGCAGUGAGAGAGACUAUGAAUCAUGAAGCUUCUUUGGGUGCUCAAGAUUGCUUAGUUACAUGUUCAUAGUGGGCGUGGACGACCUACUUUUGGUAUUGUCAUGUAGCAUAAUGUAUACAAGCUACUUCAUUUCUAUAUGCUAGUCUACCACAUAUUGUGACACAUAUUCAUCAAUGGCUAAUCUUUGGUAAGAGGCACGGGUGUAUGUAUACAGGCAGGGAUGAUAAUGAGUUCAUGUACUUCUAUUGGUGGCAGUAGAGAAGCUUCAUCAUAUUUGGUGAGCUCAUACGGUUCAAAUAUGUAAGUAUACAAAAUUUUCUGUUACCAAAGAACUUUCUUUUUUUUCAUUUCAUGUUAUUUCAGGUAUGAACUUUUUAAUUUUCACUGCCAGUUGGUUAACUUUCUAGCAACCUGUGGUGUAUAAAGGGUAAAACGAAUGCCGAGAUACAUUUUAGCAAUUUGUAAUUCACAGUGAAACAAAACAUUCAAGAAUCAAGAGGAGUGCCUUUGGCAUUGUAGCCUUGAUCUUCUUUCUAUGGAGACC